GGACGCCACAUUGCAGAGUGACGAAGGCUGCGCAUCAUCGUCCCGGGAGAUCAGCUGAGCCGCCUGAACAGCCCACCUCAGAAAGCGGAGCGGCCAGGCAACACGGCUAGCUGCUGGUAUCUGUCAACACAUCUCAGAGCAGAAAGAGACACCAUGGACUGAGCAGGACUGAAGUUGAAGCUGACAUGUUUAGAUUGAUUUGCCAUGGAAACGGACAUGAUACCCAAAUUCUCCUCGAAAGAUGAGGAAAUCGACUUCUGGAAGAGUCUUUCCCUUAAGUACAAGCAAAGCUUCCAGGAGGCCCAGGAGGAGCUGCUGGAGUUCCAGGAGGGCAGCAGGGAGCUGGAGGCCGAGCUGGAGGCCCAGCUACAGCAGGCCGAGCACCGCCUCAGGGACCUCCUCUCUGAGAACCAGCGCUUCAAGAACGACCUGGAGUCCCUGAAGGAGAAGCUGGAGACGCAGUACUCCCAGAAUUACAAGCAGAUGUCGGUUCUGGAGGACGACCUGGGCCAGACCCGAAGCGUGAAGGACCAACUGCACAAAUACGUACGGGAGCUAGAGCAGGCCAACGAUGACCUGGAGCGAGCCAAGAGGGCCACCAUCGUGUCUCUGGAGGACUUCGAGGGCCGUCUGAACCAGGCCAUCGAGAGGAACGCCUUCCUGGAGAGUGAGCUGGACGAGAAGGAGUCCCUGCUGGUGUCCGUGCAGAGACUAAAGGACGAGGCCAGAGACUUGCGUCAGGAGCUGUCGGUGCGAGAGAGGCAGACGGACGGGACCCGGAUGUCGGUCCCCAGCUCGCCCACUCAGGACAGCGUCAGGAUGGACCCGGCCGGGCCGGCCUCCGUCUCCCUGCCCGCCACCCCGCUGAGCCUGGGUCUGGACAACGCCUUCGCCGGCCCCACUGGGCUGUCUAACGGCUGCGGCAGCAACUCGCCACUGACCCCAUCAGCAAGGCUAUCGGCCCUCAACAUCGUCGGGGACCUGCUACGCAAAGUUGGGGCGCUGGAGUCUAAGCUCGCCGCGUGCCGGAACUUCGCCAAAGACCAGCGGGCGAGGAAGGCGUACGCCAUCGAGAACGGCAACAUCCUCAACGGAAACACAGCCCCCUACCCCAAGACGCUGCACACGUCCUACUACGACAAGGCGAGAGAGCGUGUCAUAUUCCCUGCAUUGAUCCCUGCAGGCCAGUGAACGGAGUGGAGCCCGGCGUCAUGACGGCCAUCACCUCUCCUCCGGCCGCCUCCCCGACGGGCCUGGUCCCUCUCGCCGUCUGACCCUCCACCCCCCCCCCCCCUCCCCCCCACACACACCCCCACCACCACGCAACCCCAAACACACGCCACCCUCCACACAUCCCCUAACACCUCCACCAAAAAUAAACCACCCACCAUCCACCACAACCCGUUAUCCUUAUGUACAUGUUACCCCUCCCACUAGGAUGAACCCCCCCCCAGCGUCCCGUCCCCCUGUAUAGCGCUGGGCAUGUGUAAGGCACUGUGGAGCCCCGCCCCCUGGUGCCCCCUCCCCCCUCCGGCACACCGUGUCUCUGUGUCUGCUUGCUGUGGCCCCUCGCACGCUGUCCGGUGCCUGCUGGACCCCUGCUCCCCGUCGGUGUGUGUGUAUAUAUAUACUGUAUGUGUGCUCUGCUAUCGCUGUUCACCGGGCCGCCCAGCUCUGCUGGAACACUGAUUCAGAGGCUGAGGGGUGGCCUCUCACCGUCGGCAUUUCGUCUGAUGUUUCUUUUUUUGCACCACAUUGUCCAAGGAGAGCAAUAUGCAAUUCGAUAGGGAGUCUCUUGGAAUUAGUCGUAAAAUAAAAAGGCUACCGUUGUUAUCGUCUUCUAAAUAGACCUGGCUUCUUCUCACCCGAUUGCUUUCUUCAGCAAAGAUGGAUUGUUAAAAAAGAAAAGUACAGACUAUGAAUUCUGUGCCACAUGAACUGUUGGCUUAAAGGCAGUUUGUCCAUCAAUUAUUAGCCCCAAAACGUCUGACGCUGGGAUGUUAAGCUUUAGCCUGGACCUUUAAUGGCUAGAGCACAGUGCUCCUGUUAUUUAUCCAACUAUUUAUACGUGGAGAGGGAAAUAAUUGUCAGUUUGAGUUUAAAUUGGCCAUUCAUACUAUAACUAUAUACAGUGGGUGGAUAAUAUUGGUCAUAUUGAUCAUUCACACGUACAAACCAUUCAGUUUUUUAUUUCUCAAGUGGCAAUUUUCAUGGGAUCUUAUUAAAUUGUUAUUCAUUUCUGUAUAUUACAUGCAAGUAGAGCACUUUGAUGCAAGCACACUUCUUUUUUUUUUAUGUAAAUUGACCUUAUCCAAGUGCAAUGCUGCAAAUGUGUAUUUUAUUGUUCAUGUUUCUUAAUUUAUGAAGUUCCUUUCUUGGCAUGUUUUAAUAAAAUGAUCCUAUCCAUUGAAAUUGA